CAGCUUGUGCACGUGACUUCGCGGUACCAGGAGUCAAGAUGGCGGAUAGUGAGGCUCCAGCUCUCUUUGACGAUGAACCUUCUCCACAAGAGGAAACUCAAGAACCGUCACCUAAUCCCUUUGGAGAUACUACCGAGAUAUCUUUAGACUCUGAUGACAAGGAAGAGAGUGAGCCUGCAAAGGUGGACGUAGAGAAAACGGAGGAAAAGCAAAGUGAAGAAGAGACUCCGGAUGAGAAGUCAAAAGACGAACCUCAAGGAGCUGCCUCGGUCGAUGUCACAAACUUAUCCGAACCUGAAGAAGCUCCUAAGAAAGAAGAUAAACCAAAGCCUAAGCCAGAGGAAGAAGAAGAAGAUGUUGAAGAGGAAACAGAUACAUUUGACUUGGAAAUCAAAGUCAUGGAUCCAGAGAAAGUUGGUGAUGGUAUGAAUGCAUACAUGGUCUACAGUGUAAUAACUAAUACAAGUAUGCCAGAAUUCAAGAGUCCGACUACAACUGUAAAGAGAAGGUUCAGUGAUUUUCUUGGUCUGCAUGAGAGAUUGUCAAGCAAGUACCUUCAUCUUGGCCGAGUUGUCCCUCCAGCUCCAGAAAAAUCUGUUCUUGGCAUGGGUAAAGUCAAGUUUGGCAAGGAGGAAGAAAAAUCUAAAGAAUUUGUAGACAGGAGGAAAGCUCUUCUUGAAAGGUUUAUGAACCGCAUUGCAGCUCAUCCGUCUCUUAGAGCAGAUCCAGACUUUAGACAGUUUCUGGAAGCUGAAAUGCUUCCAAGAGCAAAAGAUACGGCUGCUCUGAGUGGUGGAGGAAUAAAGCGCUUUGUAAAGUCUGUUGGGGAUACUAUGUUUAAUCUUACUACRAAGAUGUCUGAGUCUGAUCAGUGGUUUGAAGAAAAACAAGCACAAAUUGAGACCCUGGACCAACAGCUCAAGAAACUACAUCACAAUGUAGAACUACUUGUAAUGAACAGAAAAGAGCUAAGCACCACCACUGGUAGCUUUGCUAAAAGUGCUGCCAUGUUAAGUAAUUCCGAGGAGCAUACAUCACUUUCUCGUGCACUGACACAAUUAGCUGAAGUGGAGGAGAAAAUUGAACAGCUACAAUCCCAACAGGCAGAAACUGACUUUUUUGUGUUGUCUGAGCUGUUAAAGGAUUACAUUGGUCUUAUACAGUCAGUGAAGGCUUGUUUUCAUGAACGUGUAAGAUCCUACAGUAACUGGCAGAGUGCUCAGCAGACUUUGACGAAGAAAAGAGAAGCUUUAGUCAAGAUAGAGUUGGCUGGGAAGAAUGAGAAGUUACCUCAAGCACAAGAGGAGGUCAAAGAGUGGGAGCAGAAGGUAGAGAAAGGACAAGAGGACUUYGAAGAAAUCUCAAAAACCAUUCGCAAGGAAAUGUCACGCUUUGAGACAAAUCGUGUAAAGGACUUCCGUCAAGCCAUCAUUACAUACCUUGAAGCCAUGAUGGAAACACAGCAACAGCUUAUCAAGCACUGGGAAGGAUUUCUACCUGAAGCCAAAGCAAUUGCAUAAAUCUUGAUUUAUUUUUAUGUAACUCACUCACUAAAUACAACAUAAAUGACAAGAACACUGAAUCUCUGAUUAGUAUUUUUACUAAACUUACUGUAAGCAUUGUUUUAAUUUGCUAGACAUUACAAUGGAAGGGAAAAUUUGAGCUAAAAAGAAAAAUUGCUUAAGUAAAAUGAAAUUGAUCCUAAAAACUUAGAUUUGUACUUGCAGAAAAUGCAGUAUAGUACAUAAGAGUUGUGAUUGGAUAGAUGUAAUGUGAUUGACAGCUUCAUCUGUGUUUGGUAACUAUAGUAAAGGCGUUGGAGGCUAUUAUCUUAGCAUUAACUAAAAAAGAGACAACUAUUUAGUAUCGAGUCUCAUUGUUAGAUUUGAAUUUAGCAUUUGAAUAAAUAAAGUCUWAAAAACAUUUAAAUUUGA